CUCCGAACAUCGCGAGCUUCCGAGGUUGUUUCGUCCAUCACAUACCUAUUCCCACUUUGUCCAGCGUUUACACAGCCUCUUCAAAUUAGAACAUUCAUACCUGUAAAUUUAGCAUACCUAUCUUGGUAGCUAACAUGGCGGGAGUCACGGUAAAUGCAGCCCAAACAUUACCUAGAUUUCUACUCCCGCGACUCAGCUGGGUAGGGUCUGGGUCUACUGGGUCUUCGCAGGUACUGCGAGCUGCGACUCUACCCGCGGAAAACCGACGGUCAUGGCAAGGGUACGGGACAGCUCCGUUUCACUCGCUUCGGGAGAAGUCCCAAUAUUCCUCCUCGGGAAAUGGGCGGACAAAGCCAUCUAUGCUACUUCAGAAUCCGAGUUUACGGAGGUCAUUCCACGCCACGGCGCCGCGGGGUAGAGACCACCACUUCGAUACUCUGAAAUUCGUCCAGCGGCUGCAGAGCGAAGGUUUCACGGAGGAGCAGUCGGUCGCGAUGAUGAAGGUUUUGAACGAUGUGAUCCAGGAGAGCAUACAAAACCUGACUCGGACGAUGGUCCUACGCGAAGAUGCGGCCAAGGCGACAUACACGCAGAAAGUCGAUUUCGCGAAGCUCCGCUCCGAGCUGCUCUCUGCGGACAGCACUGAGUCGAACACAACGCGCGCCGCACACGAGCGAUUGACGAACGACAUCACCAAGUUGAAUAACCGUCUGCGGGAUGAGAUCGGUCGGACGCAGGCGUCCGUACGGCUGGACUUGAACUUGGAAAAGGGGCGGAUACGCGAAGAGGCCGUAAGCCAGGAGCUGAAGAUCAAAGAGACGGAGACUAAGAUCGAGCAAGAAGUUGCCGCCUUGAGAGAAAAGCUGGAGCAGGUCAAGUUCCAGACGUUACAGUGGUUGAUGGGUGUCUGCACAGGUUUCGCGGCGUUGCUGCUCGGUGCUUGGAGAUUGCUCAUGUGAAGAAGGAGGAGAUAUCCACGCAAACUGCCAGUAUCAUAGGAGCGUGCUGGUCGUCCAUAUCACUUGGAGUAUUACAAUUAAA